CCCAACUUCUCUUUCACCGCCUCUAACAGACAGACUUUCAGCUCCUCCCUGCUCGCUUUGCCUCACUCCAUCUCACUCUGCCUUUCUCCCACUGUGCACUUCUAAGCAAAUUACUCUCUUUAUCUGAGCCUCUGCAGAGCCAGCGCCGUGUGGAUCUCAGGGCCGUAGAGCUGCUUGGAAAUGAAGAGGGAGAGCAGGUUGGUUCGUUGGAUCUGGUGGACUGUGGUUGUGACAGCUUUGUUCCUGCUGGGCUUCUGCAUUGGGUGGUUCGCAAAGCGUUCAAAGGUACCUGCAAACAACCACAAGACCUCAAGCAAAUACCUGCUGGAGUUUUUGGAUGAAAUGCGGUCAGACCUGAUCAGAGACCACCUCCGGAAGUUCACCCGUCUCCCCCAUCUGGCUGGAACGGAGCAGAACCUGAAAUAUGCAGAGGAGAUCAUGAAGGAGUGGCAGGACUUUGGAUUGGACUCAGUGGAGUUGGUGCCCUAUGACAUCCUGCUGUCCUAUCCCAAUAAAUCACAGCCAAACUACAUCUCCGUAGUGGAUCACAAUGGGAAAGAGGUCUUCAACACCAGCUUGGCUGAACCAGUUCCACACGGCUAUGAGGACGUCGGCAACAUUGUGCCUCCGUACAGCGCUUACUCUCCCAAGGGACAUCCAGAGGGAGACUUGGUGUACGUGAACUACGGUCGAACAGAGGACUUUUUCCAGUUGGAGAGAGAGAUGAACAUCAGUGUGACAGGGAAGAUUGUAAUAGUCAGAUAUGGGAAAAUAUUCAGAGGCAAUAAGGUGAAGAACGCCAUGUCAGCAGGAGCAAAGGGAGUCAUUAUGUUCUCUGAUCCUGCUGAUUAUUGGGCUGCAGGAGUCAAGCCGUACCCUGACGGCUGGAACCUGCCUGGUGGAGGAGCUCAGAGAGGAAAUGUUCUCAACCUGAAUGGCGCAGGAGAUCCCCUCACACCAGGAUACCCAGCUAAAGAAUACACCUACAGACUCAACCCGGAGGAAGGAGUCGGACUUCCCAAGAUUCCAGUUCAUCCAAUCGGCUUCCACGACGCAAUUCACCUCUUAAAAAACAUGGGGGGACAGAUUCCACCCAACAACUGGAAAGGAGCUCUGAAUGUCUCCUAUAAGACUGGACCGGGCUUCACAGAAGACUUCAAGAGCCAAAAGGUACGAAUGAACAUCUACAGCAACAACCAGGUAACCAGGAUCUACAACGUCAUUGGAAAGAUCAGAGGAGCUUUGGAGCCAGACAGAUAUGUGAUCCUGGGAGGGCACCGGGACGCCUGGGUGUUUGGAGGAAUUGACCCGAUGUCUGGAGCAGCAGUGGUUCAUGAAACAGUGAGGGGUGCUGGCAGGCUGCUCAAAAAAGGUUGGAGGCCGAGGAGGACGGUGAUAUUCGCCAGCUGGGAUGCAGAAGAGUUUGGUCUUUUGGGAUCGACAGAAUGGGCCGAGGACAAUGCCAGGCUGCUGCAGGAGAGAGCUGUGGCCUACAUCAAUGCAGACUCUGCCAUAGAAGGUAUGUACACGCUGAGGGUUGACUGCACUCCGUCUCUGCACACGUUAGUCUACGACCUCACCAAGCAGAUAUCAAGUCCAGAGGAAGGAGAGGAGGGAGUCUCUCUGUACGAGAGCUGGCAUAAGAGGGACAACUGGACAAAUGACCGUGAUGCUCCCCGGAUCAGUAAACUUGGGUCAGGCAGUGAUUUUGAGGCCUAUUUUAUCCGGCUGGGAAUCGCGGCAGGCAGAGCCAGAUACACGAAGAACAAGAAGACAGAGCGAUACAGUAGCUACCCUGUCUAUCACAGUGUGUAUGAAACCUUUGAGAUAGUGGAGAAGUUUUACGACCCAACCUUCAGGAGGCUCCGGGCGGUGGCUCAAGUGAGAGGAGGGCUGAUCUUCCUGUUGGCAGAUUCCCAGGUGCUUCCUCUCAAUGCUAAUGAGUACGCAGACUCCCUGAGGAAGUACGCAGACAGCAUCGCGCGUCUGGCACAGACACACACAGAACUAAUGGAGACGCACAAUGUGUCAUUCGAGUCGCUGUUUUCUGCAGUGGAGAACUUUACGAAUGCAGCUAAAGGUUUCCAUGAGCGUCUGCAGACUCUCAACAUAGAGGAUCCUUUACAGGUGCGAAUCAUAAAUGACCAACUCAUGUACCUUGAGAGAGCCUUCAUCGACCCUCUCGGCCUGCCAGGGAGACCCUUUUACAGGCAUGUGAUUUUCGCUCCCAGCAGCCAUAACAAAUAUGCAGGGGAGUCUUUUCCUGGGAUAUACGACGCACUGUUUGACAUUGAGAACUCAGCUGACCCAGAGAAGGCCUGGCGGGAAGUUAAGCGACAAAUCAGCAUCGCAGCAUUCACAGUUCAUGCUGCUGCCAUGACUCUGACGCCACCUGCAUGAAAGCACAGCCUGAAGCACAGAAAUCAGAGAACUUUAAUAUCACGAUGUGAUGAGACUGGAUUUUUUAAAAUUUUAUCUUCAACACACUUAGACAAAUCAAGCUCCGCAGCUUAUCAGGUCAGUUUUCCAGACCGUGGUGAGUGCUGUGAAUGUAAUCAAAAUGCUAAUUUCUUUGUUUACCAUGAAUUGUUUGCUACAAGAAAUGACAAUAAAAACACUGGAAGCAAGAAAUUAUUUAUCUUUUUCUUUAACACAGAAUAAGGAGAAAUUGAUGUGACAUUUCAAUAUCUGAGUUUUACAGAUGAACCUCCUACAGUCACAAUAAACUAUGAAUCAAUGUGUAGAAACAUAAAAGCAUUUAUUUAUAUAUACUGUAAACACAAGCAGUUCAUGUCAGUGGUGUAGGGAAGUACUUUAAAUUAAUCAAAGGACCAUUAUCAAAGUGGUGCUAUGAAAUUCUUUAACCGUUUCACUUCAAAGUCUGGUUCACAGUCUUGCCUGAAUAGACCAGCUGUGGGACCAUUGAUGAACUAAUGUUCAACACACGAGGGCUCCAGAGUCACAACCUCAGUAUUUCCAGCACUGACACUUUCUAAUAGUAUUUCAUGUAAUUAUCUGUUCAAAGAAUGUUGGUAAAUAUCAACAUGUCACAAUUUAUUUAUCUUCCUCAAAAGACAUUUUUUUAGUCAUAGUAAUACUGUAUAUUUAUGUUGUUUUGGGUUUGUUAAUGUACAUAAGUGAAAUGUUUUGGGAUACCUGAUAUGUUAACAUGUUUAAAAAAAACAAUAAUAAUAGUUUGAAUUCACAUUUUUAACAGGGAAUUUGUAUUUGUAUUAAUUCUGCAGAGAUAAAGUCUCUUUUCAUAACAACUGUAAUGAUGACAGCUAAACAUAAUAAGCUCCCAGUUGUGGUGGAGGUUUAUCAAGUCAAAUUACACGAUGAGCAACUCCUGCAUAUAUUUUUAUCACAUUUUGUAAAUUCAGAGCUUGUUCUCUUCUUAUAUGUUGGGCAAUUUGUGGAGGGAAGUACUUCAAUGCAAACAUUAUGUUAUCGUUCACUAAAGCUAUAAUAAUAAGCUGUAAAAUUAAAUGGGAUUUAAAAGUCAUGACAAAUUUAUGGUUUAUAUUUAUCACUAUGUACAAGGUCAAAUUUCUUUUAAGUCAUAUUUGAUUUAAACAUUUUUAUGACAACUGAAGGAAACAUAGUUACUAGAUUGUGCUAUAAAAUGGCACAAUGUGGCUGGAAAACACUUCAUACUGCCCCUAAAAAAGACAUUGAUCCCAUCAUAUUGCACAGAAAGACACAAAUCCAAAUACGCAAAAUAGAAACAAAUAAACAAACAGAACUGAGACAAGGAAUAAACUAAUGUGGCAAUAAAUAAAAACAAUAAAGAAAUGAUCAAAAUGAGAAAAUAACUAACUAAAAGUCCAGUCAACAUGGGAUCACAACAUGUAGUUGAGUUUCAGUCUAUAUUCUCACUAUAUGCUUUUGUAUGUCUAUCAUCUGAGAACUCAAAAUGGUCAAAAGAACCUUAAAGAUCUAGGAAAAAGCUCCCUCAAAUACCGAGCGCCAGAUUGUCUUGCUGAAUACAGAGAAAUAUUACAUUGAAAAGUAUUGACCAUUAUCAGGAAAUACUAGAAAAAAAACCCUACGAGAAUUUAUUACCAUGUAUCAUGACGCUUCCUUCUAACCUGAAUUUGUAUUAAGUUUUAUUCCUUUGUGUAAAGCAACUUUUAAGCCCAUGAAAAGUUUCAUAUUUGCAUGGGCCACUGUGUUGUUGGCCUCGACGUCGGAGAGCUCUGGUACAGUGUUUUGCAUAAAUACAAACAUAAUCUUACUUCCCUUUUUGUAAAAGACAAGUUCAUAAAUGUGAAACGUUCUUUCACACGUCACAGUUUCACCAUUUAGGUACGAAGGGACACCUUCCUAAAAGUCACCUUCCAAAAAUAAUGGCCUUUGGGGUAACAAGAAUGUCCUUAAGUGGCCCAUCCUGACCCCAGACUUAAAUAUCAACUAAGAUCCUUGAACACAUCUGAAAACAGCUGUGCACUGACGCUUGACAUUUUACAUCUGAGAGUUGGAAACUGUAGAUUCUGAGGCUACAAUUCCUGUUAAAAUUGUUACGGAAAAGUAUUUAGAAGGGUCUGUGAAAACAUAUGUACAUGUAAUUUUUGUUUUGUUUUAUAUCUCAACAGUCGGGGCGCCAGGAAAGCUACAAAAAAUAUAAACAUUUCUCAAAUACAAGGCAUUACAGUAACUGGGACACAAGGCUGCUUUAUUACACUGGCGAAGCUGCUUUCCAUGAUAGGGCUGAUCUUUGAAGAAGAUGCAAAUAGAUGUUUUCCUUCUGAAAAAAUGGAUCAUCUUUGGUCUGAAACAGCAAACUUACCUGCUGCUUCACCAGGUUAAAGGCCAUGGAUCAUCAGAUCAUUCUUCUAAUGUUGCUGGCAACUGUCCAGCCACUCUCUACUACAGCAACAUCCUGUAAAAAGAACAUCAUCAUUGAUGAGUGUCCAAAGGCAUGGAUUAUCAAGAACAUGAAUGACAGAAAUGUUUUGAAAGUAUGUUGUUCUCGCCUUGACACAAACAAAUUCAGGCUGGUAUUAAGAGCUUUCCCAGAGCUUUGUUCUUGGCCAGAUGCCGAUACCUUCCCGUGUCUUGAAGUUGUGGUGAAAGGAAAAACUUACAAAAUGUGUAAAAAAUGCUGCAAAAAACAUUCAUGCUCUGCUCCAAAAGUUUGCAAGGAAUGUGAGGAGAGGUAAUUAUGUGGUGAUUAUUUUUAAACAUAUAUAUAGGGGAAAUAAGCUUUGAACAAGUUAAUGUCAGAAAAUAUGCUUCUAAUUGGGCCACUCACAUAUAAUUCAUAGUAAAUGUUUGUAACAAUCUACAUAGUACUCUCAAAGAUGAUAUUAUGAAUUUUAAGUUGAAUAACUAGGAGCACAAUCUGACAAUUUCUUCCUCACAAGCCAUCUUCACGUCUAAAAAACUUUGGGGGGAAAUUAUGCAGCAGUAAGGAAAAUGAUCUUUUCUUCUUUCCAUAUUUCAUUUGGGUGAAUGACUGGGCUAUUCUAACAGUUCUGUUUCUCCAUAAAACUAAGUAAAGGUUUUCUUGGCUGAGCUUGGAUUGAUGAGCAUAUUAAAACAAUCUAGCGUUAUUUCAUAUUCAGAUGUUUAUCAGUAAUGUCAUGGGAUAUUUGUGGUUUCAUCUUUCUUUUGGUGAUAUGAGAUUGUCUUGCAGCAUCUGCUCAAGAACAGCCCCAAACUGUGAUGUGUUAGAAUUUGAACCAACCAUUUCUUCAGUUGAAGUAGAAUUAAAAGAUUUUACCUGUACACUGUCUGAAACGUCUGAUGAAACCAGUUCAUCUUUGGAGUUGUUUGGAGAAAAAAAAAGUUGGAUUGAAGCCUUGCAAUACUGUGACCAACUGAGUUCCUCUCUGGUUGAAAUAACUAACCAGACAGUUUGGGACGAGCUAAAGGAAACCUUGGUAAACGAGAUAGGAUUGCAGAAAGGGAUCUGGGUCGGCCUGGAGCGGUCCAUUUUUGGCACCGACAUAAAGUGGCAGUGGACAUCGGGAGCCAAAGUUGACCAGUCUCGGUGGAUCAGCAGUUUUCCGGCUGAUCGUUUCAACAAUCACUGUGGAAAGAUUGUCCGGAGUAAUCAGACAGAAAACAUCUACCUGCUUGAUGCCAACUGCCAUGAUGAGUUACCCUUCAUCUGCCAAGAUGUGACUGUGAUGCCUGAAGACUAAAUUAAUUUUACUCUGGAGGAUUAUUUUGAAUCACUGCUGGUGUGUUUCUUGCAUUACUUUCAAAUUAAGUUUUGUGUUUUGCCUUUCUUAAAUAUUUUCUUUCUUUUGUACAGCAUAAUACAUACUGUAGGUUAUGACAAUGUAUUACAAUUUGUUAUUUAUCUAUCAGUUCUGUUAAAGAAUAGCUGACUUAAAAUAAAUGUUUCAUUCCUUGUCUUGGUUUAGAGAAUGUAUUUACACUUUCAUAAUAAACUGAACCCAAUUUUACCUGA